UGUAGAUUUGUGCGGGAUUUCUUCCUGAUUCUCGGAUUAUUUUGCGAAUGCUCAGAGCCUCAAUCAAACAAUAACAGAAAGUGAAAACCACAACAAUGUCGGCAGCAUUCAAGUUAGCGAAGAAAAAAUAUACGCAGCAGGAUUUGCGGCGUAUUAUGAGUGAAACGAAGGCCGCAAAACAACAGACCGAAGCGCCCAGCCAAAAAAUUGAUUCACCACUGGCAAGAUAUAACGAAGCAGGUCAGCUUACUUGUGCCUUGUGCCGAUCCGUGGUUCGCUCGGAAGCCGUCUGGAAGGUCCAUAUUAAUUCAAAACAGCACAAGGAAAAUAUCGAGCAGGCGAAGAAACUGAAGGAAAAGACUACCACUGCUACAGCUUCAGCCCAGCAAACACAGCCGCCAGUUGUACAAAAACAGCCCGCAGUCGAACAAUUGCCGGUUUCUACAUUUAAAAGACCAUCUUCACCAACAACGGGUCGAGAGGUCGGUGCGAAAAAGUUAAAAGGAAUCCUCAAAAACUCCGAUCAGCAGCAAAAGCUCGCUGAAACAAACGGUCUUCCACCAGAUUUUUUCGAUGCCGGCAGUACAAUCAAAAAGAAUCUAGUAAACAUACGUCUACCGGUAGGAAGUGGACAAAAAGAUGAAGCAGAGGAACACGAAGCGCCCUCAAACGAACCACCGACGGACGAGGAAAAACUUCCGGAAGGUUUCUUCGACGAUCCCAAGGCAGACGCUAAGGCACGAAACAUCGAGUACAAAAACCCCAACGACGAGGAAUGGGAACGGUUCCAGAAGGAAAUCAAAGAAGCUACCACGGAAUCGAUGGCUAUUAUCAGUGAGGAACAAGAGGAGUCAACGGUGGAGCGACAAAUCGGUGAAAUCGACGAACAAAUCCGAAACUGGUCACGGGUAUUGAGUCUGGAGAAAAAGAAGGAGCAGGUGCGAAACCAAACUGCGUCGGCUCUGGAAGCUGGCGAAAAAAUGGUACAGGUCAAAAAGGAGAAACAACAGGACAGCGACGAUGAAGUGGAUGAUACGGAUUUCGAUGAGUUUCCCGACUGGAGGGCGAAAAAAUCGUUCAAAUAACUUAUAUUUAAUGUUAAAAACUAUAUUCAGUACGUAAAUAUAACGUUAAUACACUGUUAGUG